AUGGGAUUAUAUAGGAUCAUUAGCAUUGGCGGGAUACAGCUCGACUAUACUUUGAUCACGGCGUUGAUUGAGCGGUGGCGACCUGAGACGCACACUUUCCAUCUGCCCAUCGGCGAAGCCACCAUCACACUCCAGGAUGUCGAGAUUUUAUAUGGCCUGUCCACCGAUGGCUUGCCAGGUUUACUGCCUGGGAACAUGAGAUAUUUUAACCGGGCUGCAUAUAUGGAUAUGCUGCACAGGCUCACGGGCUUCAGGUCCGAGGACCCAGAUGUAGCAAUUGGGAGUAGUCGUAUGCAAUUGGUCUCCAUUAGAGACCACUUGGUGCAAAUCCACGAUACUAUCACCGACGACUCAGCGGAGGUGGAUGUGGAGCAAUAUACGAGGCUGUUGUUGCUCCUUCUAUUUGGGGGGGUCUUGUUCCCGAACACUUCGGGGAACCUAGUGAGCCUUCGUUUUCUGCAUCAUAUUGCGGACUUUGAUGAUACAGUCAGCUACAGCUGGGGUGGUGCUGUCCUAUCUUUUUUGUACAGGCAGAUGUGUCGGGCAUCCAUGGGCACACAGAGAGACGUUUCUGGCUUUCUGCCACUUCUACAGAGACCACUUGGUGCAAAUCCACGAUACUAUCACCGACGACUCAGCGGAGGUGGAUGUGGAGCAAUAUACGAGGCUGUUGUUGCUCCUUCUAUUUGGGGGGGUCUUGUUCCCGAACACUUCGGGGAACCUAGCGAGCCUUCGUUUUCUGCAUCAUAUUGCGGACUUUGA